AUGCUUGAUUUCAAAUUUGAAACCGCAUGCAUCAUCGCCAUGGAUUCUCGCAUUAAUGUCGCAUUGUUUGGCCUUGGUCGGGCUGGAAAAAUUCACUUUAAAAACCUCUUUAAUAACGUGCGCGUUGACUUGAGGUACUUGGUCGAGGAAUACACAAGCGAGGCAGAGACGUUCGUGUCCGAAUAUGGAUUAAAUACCAAAAUUAUUCACGCCAGCGAAUACAAGAGCGUUCUUAGUGAUGACUCACUUCAUGCCUGUGUUAUUGCAACUCCGACGCAAAGCCACGAAGAGUUGGUGCUCGCCAGUUUAGGGGCGAACAAAGCUGUGUUUUGUGAGAAGCCUUUGGCAAACAGCGUAGAAAAAAUUGCCAAAUGUUAUGACGAGGCGAAGAAGAGAAAUCUACCUUUAAUAUGCAGUUUCAACCGGCGUUUUGACCCCGGAGUCCGGGAGAUAUACGACCGAACUAAGUCUGGUGAGGUGGGGCAAGUGCAAAUGGCCAAACUCACAAGUCGUGAUUCACCUCUGCCACCCAUGGAAUUCCUGAGACGAACAAACGGCAUCUACCACGACUGCGCAGUGCACGAUCUCGACGUGCUGGCGUGGAUCUUUGGAGAGAGACCGCUGAGCGUAUAUACGACGGCUCAUUGCUUCAUCGACGAAAUUAGAGCGAUGAAUGACGUGGAUACCUUAGCGAUUGUCUUGAAGUUCCCAAGCGGAGGGAUAGGGCUGGUUGAUAUAUCCAGGCGUGCCGUCUUCGGUUACGAUCAACGCUUUGAGGUAUUUGGUGACAAAGGCAUGUUGAUCCAGCCCAAUUACAAGCCAUCUAAUGUCGAAUUCUCCGGCAAAGACGGAUCCUCGACUGGCCGAAUUUAUCACUCGUUUCCAGGUCGCUAUUCAGAAUCGUACGUCAAGUCUCUGGAUCAUUUCCUUGAUGUCAUCCAAGGAAAAUGUCCACCGGCUAUUACCAAGGAGUCGACAUUACUCGCUUGCGAGAUUGUCGAAGCCUGCGAACAGUCGCUAAAAUCCGGUCAAGCGGUUAUGUUGCCGCAAUAAACUUCAUUUAGGUAGUGUUAAACUCUAGUUAUGUAGCGUUUAAAAUUAUACGUUUAUGUGGAUAUUAAAUUGCCAAUUAACAAUAUGACACCUCAUCUUUUGUCCUCGUUUCAGUUCAGUUUAUUAUCAUAGGCAAGUUGAACGAGUUUUUUGAACAGUGUUUAUGAUUCGUUCUUUCAGAAAUCAUUUUCUAUAGUUCAUUGUGUUUUAUUGUUAUCAUCAGCCAAUAGCAAAGCUUGUUCAUAUAGA